CCAAGGUUAUAUCCAUGGUUUAACACCACCUCUAGCCAUGGGCCCGUUGAGAAUACUUUGUUUUUUAAUCUUCCUGGAGAAAAGUUGGGGUCAGGAACAAACAUAUGUUAUUUCAGCACCAAAAAUAUUCCGAGUUGGAGCAUCUGAAAAUAUUGUAAUUCAAGUUUAUGGAUAUAUUGAAGCAUUUGAUGCUACAAUCACUCUUAAAAGCUAUCCUGAUAAAAAAUUUAGUUACUCUUCAAGUUAUGUUAAUUUAUCACCAGAAAAUAAAUUUCAAAACUCUGCCUUCUUAACAAUACAACCUAAACAAUUGUCUGGAAGACAAAAUGCUGUUUCACAUGUGUAUUUGGAAGUUGUAUCAAAGCACUUUUCAAAAUCGAAAAAAAUGCCAAUAACCUAUGACAAUGGAUUUCUCUUCAUUCACACAGACAAACCUGUUUACACUCCACACCAGUCAGUAAAGGUUAGAGUUUAUUCACUGAAUGAUGACUUGAAGCCAGCCAAAAGAGAAACUGUUUUAACUUUCAUAGAUCCUGAAGGAUCAGAAGUUGACACAGUAGAAGAAAAUGAUCACACUGGAAUUAUCUCUUUUCCUGACUUCAAGAUUCCACCCAAUCCUAAAUAUGGUGUGUGGGCAAUUAAAGCUAAAUAUAAGGAAGUUUUUUCAACAAGUGGAACCACCUACUUUGAAAUUAAAGAAUAUGUUUUGCCACAUUUUUCUGUUUCAAUAGAACCAGAAAGUAAUUUCAUUGGUUAUAAGAACUUUAAGAAUUUUGAAAUUACUAUAAAAGCAAGGUAUUUUUAUAAUAAAGUAGUCACUGAGGCUGAUGUUUAUGUCUCUUUUGGAAUAAGAGAAGAUUUAAAAGAUGACCAAAAAGAAAUGAUGGAAAAAGCGAUGCAAUACAAAGUGUUGGUAAAUGGAAUUGCUCACGUCACAUUUGAUUCUGAAAUGGCAAUUAAAGAACUGUCAUAUAACAGCUUAGAAGAUUUAAAUGACAAGUACCUUUAUAUUGCUGUAACAGUUGAGGAAGCUACAGGUGGAUUUUCUGAAGAGGCAGAAUUACCUGGCAUCAAAUAUGUCCUCUCUCCCUACACACUGAAUUUAGUUGCUACUCCUCUUUUCUUGAAGCCUGGGAUUCCAUAUUCCAUCAAGGUACAAGUUAAGGAUUCACUUGACCAAUCGGUAGCGGGGAUCCCAGUCAUCCUGAACGCACGAACAGUCAACGUGAACCAAGAAACUUCUGACUUGGAACCAAAGAAAAGUGUAACGAGUCUCAGCCAUGGAGUGGCUUUGUUUGUGGUUAACCUCCCAUCUGGAGUGACGGCGCUAGAGUUUCAUGUCCAAACUGAUGCCCCAGAUCUUCCAGAAGAAAAUCAGGCCCGGGAAGAUUACCGAGCUGUUGCAUACUCGUCUUUCAGUGAAAGUUACCUUUAUAUUGAUUGGACUGAAAACUAUAAAGCUUUGUUUGUGGGAGAACAUCUGAAUAUCAUUGUUACCCCUAAAAGUCCAUAUGUUGACAAAAUAACUCACUAUAAUUACUUGAUUUUAUCCAAGGGCAAAAUCGUACACUUUGGCACCAAGGAGAAACUCCAAGAUUCAUCUUAUCAAAGUAUAAACAUUCCAGUGACACAGAAUAUGGUCCCCUCAGCCCGACUCUUGGUCUAUUACAUUGUUACGGGAGAGCAGACUGCAGAAUUAGUGUCUGACUCGGUCUGGUUGAAUAUUGAAAAAAAGUGUGGCAACCAGCUACAGGUUCAGCUGUCUCCAGACGGAGGUGAAUAUUCUCCAGGACAAACUGUGUCUCUUAACAUGGAAACUGAGUCCGACUCAUGGGUGGCAGUAUCAGCAGUGGACAGUGCCGUGUAUGGAGUCCAAGGAAAAGCCAAAAAACCUAUGCAAAGAGUUUUUCAAGCUUUUGAGAAGAGUGACCUGGGCUGUGGGGCAGGUGGUGGCCGUGACAAUGCAGAUGUAUUCCAUCUUGCUGGACUAACCUUUCUCACCAACGUAAAUACAGAUGAAUCUCAAGAAAAUGAUAAAACUUGUAAAGAAAUUCUCAGGCUAAGAAGAAGUCUGCAAGAGAAAAUACAAGAACAAGCUGCUAAAUACAAGCAUGCGGUGCCGAGGAAAUGUUGUUAUGAUGGAGCCCGUCGUAAUGACUAUGAAACCUGCGAGCAGCGAGUUGCGCGGAUCACCAUCGGUCCGUACUGUAUCCGAGCUUUCAAUGAGUGUUGUAUCCUUGCAACCAAGCUCCGAGCUGAACACACACAUAAACCUAACCAACUGGGAAGGUUACAUAUAAAGACCCUAUUACCAGUAACCAAGCCAGAAAUUCGGAGUUACUUUCCAGAAACCUGGUUAUGGGAAGUUCACCGUGUUCCCACAAGAAGUCAAAUGCAAUUCAGGCUGCCUGAUUCUCUCACCACCUGGGAAAUUCAAGGUGUUGGCAUUUCCAAUAGUGGUAUAUGUGUUGCUGAUACCGUCAAGGCAAAAGUGUUCAAAGAUGUCUUUUUGGAAAUGAAUAUACCAUAUUCUGUUGUACGAGGGGAACAAAUCCAACUAAAAGGAACUGUUUAUAACUAUCGAACCUCUGAGAUGAUGUUUUGUGUUAAAGUGUCGACCAUGGAGGGGAUCUGUACACCGGGAGGAAGCCCAACCCUUGGCCAUCAGGGGCCAAAGUCUUCCAAAUGUGUGCGUCAGCGCAUGGAGGGGUCCUCCAGCCACUUGGUGACCUUCACCCUGCUUCCUCUGGAAGUUGGCCUCCAUAACAUCAACUUCACACUGGAGACUUCCUUUGGAAGAGAAAUCUUAGUGAAAACAUUACGCGUCGUGCCAGAAGGUCUUAAAAGGGAAAGCUAUGCUAGUGUUAUUCUGGACCCUAAGGGAAUUUACGGUUCUGUUAGCAGACGAAAGGAGUUUCCAUACAGGAUACCAUUAGAUUUGGUCCCAAAAACAAAUGUCAAAAGGAUUUUGAGUGUAAAUGGGCUGCUGAUAGGUGAGGUCCUGUCUACUGUCCUGAGUCAGGAAGGCACCGAUAUCCUACCCCACCUCCCCAAGGGGAGUGCGGAGGCAGAGCUGAUGAGCAUUGUCCCUGUAUUCUAUGUUUUUCACUAUCUGGAGGCAGGAAAUCAUUGGGACAUUUUUUAUCCUCAUUCAUUGACUAAAAAACAGUACCUGAAGAAAAAAAUAAAAGAAGGGAUGGUGAGCAUCAUGUCCUACAGAAAUGCUGACUCUUCAUACAGCAUGUGGAAGGGUGGAAGUGGUAGCACUUGGUUAACAGCUUUUGCUUUAAGAGUACUUGGACAAAUAAAUAAAUACGUAGAGCAGAACCAAAACUCAAUUUGCAAUUCUUUAUUGUGGCUGGUUGAGAAUUGCCAAGUAGAGAAUGGAUCUUUCAAGGAAAAUUCCCAGUAUCAACCAGUAAAACUACAGGGUACCUUGCAUGUUGAAGCCAGAGAGAAAACCCUAUAUCUGACGGCCUUCACGGUGAUUGGAAUUCGAAAAGCUAUUGACAUAUGCCCCAUGGUGAAAAUCAGCGCUGCUCUAACUAAAGCUGACACUUUCCUCCUUGAAAAUACCCUCUCAUCCCAGAACACCUUUACACUGGCUAUUGUGGCCUACGCUCUUUCUCUGGGUGAUAAAACACACCCACAGUUUCAUUCCAUUGUUUCAGCCCUGAAGAGGAAAACUUCAAUAAAAGGUAAUCCACCCAUUUACCGUUUUUGGAAAGACAGUCGCCAACUUACAGACACCUCUGCACCUAAUGCUGGUACAGCAGGUAUGGUGGAAACCACUUCUUAUGCUUUACUCACCAGCCUGAACUUGAAAGAGAUGAAUUAUGUCAACCCAAUCAUCAAAUGGCUGUCAGAAGAGCAGAGAUCUGGAGGCGGCUUUUAUUCAACCCAGGAUACAAUUAAUGCCAUCGAAGGCCUGACAGAAUAUUCACUCCUCAGUAAACAGCACCAACUGAAUAUGGAUAUCAAUGUCUCCUACAAGCACAAAGGUGACUUCUACCAUUAUAAGGUGACAGACAAGAAUUUCCUUGGGAGACCAGUAGAGGUGCCUCUCAACGAUGACCUCAUCAUCAGUACAGGAUACAGCAAUGGCUUGGCUACGGUACAUGUAAAAACUGUAGUUCAUAAAACCAGUACCUCUGAGGAAGUUUGCAGCUUUCAGUUGAAAAUUGAUACUCAGAACAUUGAAGCACCCAGAGACAGUGGCUUCGGUGACUCCGGAUAUAAGCGCAUAAUAGCAUGUGCCAGCUACAUGCCCAGCAAGGAAGAAUCAUCAUCCGGGUCCUCCCAUGCGGUGAUGGAUAUCUCUCUGCCUACUGGAAUCAGUGCAAACCAAGAAGACUUACAAGCUCUUGUGGAAGGGGUGGAUCAACUAUUAACUGAUUACCAAGUCAAAGAUGGACAUGUUAUUUUGCAACUGAAUUCGAUUCCCUCCAAUGAUUUCUUGUGUGUCCGAUUCCGGAUAUUUGAACUUUUUCAAGUUGGGUUUCUGAAUCCUGCUACUUUCACAGUAUAUGAAUAUCACAGGCCAGAUAAACAGUGCACCAUGUUUUAUAGCUCUUCUGUCACCGAACUUCAGAAAAUCUGUGAAGAAGCAAUGUGCAAGUGUGUAGAAGCUGACUGUGGGAAAAUGGAGAAAGAACUGGAUCUGACAAUCUCUGCAGAUGCUAGGAAAGAAAUAGCAUGCAAACCAGAAAUUACAUAUGCUUAUAAAGUCAGCAUCACAUCCAUGGUGAAAGAAAAUGUUUUUGUCAAGUACACUGCCACUCUUCUGGACAUUUAUAAAGCAGGGGAAGCUGUUGCUGAGAAAGGCUCUGAAAUCACCUUCGUUAAAAAGAUGGCCUGUGCAAAUGCUGACCUGGUGAAAGGAAGACAGUACUUAAUUAUGGGCAAAGAAGCCCUCCAGAUAAAACACAAUUUCAGCUUCAAGUACAUCUACCUUUUGGAUUCCUCCACGUGGAUUGAAUAUUGGCCUACAGUCACAACAUGUCCAUCGUGUCGAGCAUUUUUAGCUAAUUUGGAUAAAUUUGCUACAGACAUCCUUUUAAAUGGCUGUGAAAAUGUCUGAGAAAAUUCUGCAGUGUGUAGUUUUCACUUACGGACUCCUGUUGGUGAAGUUCCUCUUUUUUUCUUUUCUUUUUUUUUUAACAUUCGCAGCUGGUCUUAUUUGGAAAGCUCACUUUCCUUAGAAUUAAUGGCACUUGCUUUUAUUAAAGGACAAUUUUAAGAGCUGUAACUUUCUGAAAUAACAUGGCCUUAGGGGGGGCAUGCAGACAGAUCCUCCAAGUUUAUUGGACACCAGGAGCAAUAAACUGGAACACCUCCUAAAACCUACCACUCGGGAAUGUUUGCUGGAACCAAAAGAAUAGCCCCAUUGAAAUGGAGUAUCUUACAAAAACAUGGCCUUUGCUUGAAAGAAAAUACCAAGGAACCAAACCUGAUCAUUAAAGCUUAAUUCCGCUUUCAAAA